ACGCGGUUAAUGGGGGGGGGGGGGGAAUCGAGAGGCGAGGUAACAACAUGGUGCCCGUAAACCACGUGAUGCCGAUUUAACCAAUGACGAGGCAAUCCGAACAGUUCACCCAGUGUCCACACCUUUUCAUUAUGCUUCAGUUUUCCUGCAUUUCAUCGAAACUCAAAAUACGAUUGACAGACAGAAAAUGUUUCUUUUUUUUAACUACGGAUUUUUUUUUUGAGUCGACUCGAGUUCUGUAUAGGGAAAUUUUUGUCAGAUGACCGGACCUGUUAUGCAGUGACACAUGAAAACUCCCAACAUCCGGUCGCUAGUAUGUAGUUGACCUCAAGAGACCAAAUUGCCGACAAUUUGACAAAUAACAUCGACAAAUGUCGAUUCUGUCCCAGUCUGAAGUUUUAGAAACGAGCUAAGAUGACCUCGUUCGUUGGUCCAUCUGCUGCUAUUUUGACGCUGUCGGCGACGUCUAGCGUGUUAGCAUAAGCUUGAAGUCCGGAUGUCAAAGAUCUCGUUCGUCUUCGUUUGUGGCGCAGCUGAGAACUAAAGAGAUGUAUUUGGUGGGCCUGACGGGAGGUAUCGCCUCCGGGAAAAGUACAGUGUCAUCGAUGCUGCGGGAGCUCGGAUGCCCCAUCAUCGAGGCGGACGUUGUGGCCCGCAAAGUGGUUGAGCCGCGAUCGCCCGCCCACUCGCGUAUCGUCCUCCACUUCGGGCGAGACGUGCUGCUGGAAAGCGGCGAGAUCGACCGGCCGAAGCUGGGCCGCCUGAUCUUCGCCGACGAGGAGAAGCGCCAGCUGCUCAACUCCAUCACGCACCCCGAGAUCCAAAAGGAGAUGCUCAAGCAGAUUGUGUUCUACUUCCUCCGAGGUUAUCGCUACGUUGUGCUGGAUGUGCCGCUUCUCUUCGAAACCCGAAAGCUCACGCGGUUCCUCAACCACACCGUUGUGGUUUACUGCGACCCCGCCACUCAGCUGGCACGCCUGAUGCAGCGGGACGGCCUGACGCCGGAGGAGGCCAAGCAGCGGCUGGCGGCCCAGAUGCCGCUCAACGAGAAGCGCGGCCUGGCCAACCACGUCAUCGAGAACUCGGGCACGCGCGAGGACACCCACCGGCAGGUCCUGCGGCUGCACACCAAGCUGGAGGACUCCAUGGACUUCCUUCUGGUGCGGGUGCUCGCCGUGGCCGCCGCCGCCGGCCUGGGAGGGGUCCUGCUGUACGCCGCCAAGAUGAUUUGGUCCUAACGGAGGUCGCGGGACGGGAAUACGGUGUGGAAAAAGGAGGUUAGUGACUGGAGCCACGUCCUCACCCGGAUUUAGUAACAUGCACUUUACAGGAAGUAGCGGGCAAGAACGGACUUUGAUUCGAUGAAAUUAAUGUUUAGGGCAAUUCUACGGUUGCUUUUCCGUGCUAAGCUCGAAUUGCCACUUUUUUUUUUUUUUUGUUCUUCUGAAUGUUUAGUUUAAUCCCCAUAAAAAUUGUCUAAUUUUAAAUAUUUUUACAGAUGCAUUUUCAACUGACUGUGACAAAUUAAAACACUGAAACUGCUAAUUACCUAAUAACUAAUGUCACAUUUUAACUCUUAUAAGUCUCAUACAAGUGUUGAAAAUAAGUUACACACAGAUGUUAGCUAAAUAUUUAAAAAAAACACGAUAAUGUGUAUUUUUUUUUUUGUGCAAUGUCAUACGUGACCACAGUUGAACAAUUUUCAAAUAGUGACAGGUCCAUCAUUUUUGUUAUUCUGAAUUUUGCACAAUUAUUCCUUAUAAAAAUAUCACAACAAAGCUAAUAUAAAAUGAAGCUGCAAUAUUCGCGGCGGAUACGGACCAGGGAGAGUAAAAGUGUGCAAUUGACUGACACUUUUCUAACUAUCAUGAUUUUUUUUUUUUUUAGUACAUUAGCGUGGAAUUGUUUAAAAAAAAAUGAAAAAGCAACGGUUUUUGCGAAUUAUGGCAUAGUUGCAAAUGCCGACUUGCGAGUAUGCAGAAGUCAACUGUAGUGCUUUAUUUUGUUCAAUUUCCUACUAAAUUGUCAUGAGGACAUUUAUGAUCCUCAACUCGCACUGACAUAGGCAAUUUAUAAUAUCUCCACAUGCAUUUUGCAUUUGUUUUAUUGAUACACGAAAGGAUCAGACAGAUGAUGAAUCUUCCAGAUUUCAUGCAUGCAGUACCAAAUUUGUCACAUGCAAACACCAGAAGCCACUUAAGGACCUGAAGAUGAUAUGAAGACAAAUGCAUUUGACAAUCCAGUUGAAACUGUGACGUAAGGGAAUUCGUGAAUUUUACUGUAUAUUCAUACACAUGAUUUUUUUUCCUGUCCUGUACUUUCUUUUCCCCUCUCUGUAAACACCCUUUGUAAAAACCACGCAGUUUUAAGAGAACCAAAAUCCAACAGCGUCCUCUGACUCUGGACUUCAAAACACCGGAAAACUUUCUUGGCCCACAAGAGGAACGUCGAGCGCUGCGGACGGAAAACUUGAAGGACGCGGUCGAAUGCGAUGAUGUCAUCCGAUGUACGUUACUUGGCUUUGUCCGAGGGCCUCCGAGCCACCGCGCCGCUAAUGCGGAGUGACGGGUGGCGGGGGGGGGGUGGUUGCAUUCGAUACGUAGACCGCUUCUCUUCUUGAUGCCCCGCCCACGAGACUGUGAAGGUCGCAGUCAUGACCUGAUAAAUUGGCUGAAAGGCAUCGUUUACCUGUACUCCAUAUUUUUUGUUCCGAUUCAAUGGACAAGAUGUUUUUUUUUUUCCGUGUUGUAUCAUUCGUUGUCCAUGACGGAUGAUCAAAUUAUAGUCUUGUUUUGAAAAAGUACAGGUAUCUAUUUUAAGUAUCAGAACUAAACGCAUAAGCACGGAUUUUGGGGGGCGGCGGGGUGUCGACCCCCUACCCAAAAAAAAAAAAAAACACAACUGGGAUGAUUGAUCAGGAGAUUCCUCAAUCCU